AUGCUGAAAAGGGCUCGUUAUGUAGCUCUCCAUACUCCCUUUCCAUUUCAUGGAUUUCCAUGCCAAGUCUUCAGAAAGUGCACAGUGUCUCCAAAACAACAAAGGUGGUUGACAAGUUCUCAUAAUGAAAUUUCGUAUACACGCUCUCCUUUAGAGCUAAAAAUUUCACCGUCAGCCAUUAAGUUAGAGGCAACUCGAAAUGUGGGAUCUCAGCCCCUCGGACCCACUUUACGUACUUUUACGGAUGACUUAAACAAAAGGAUGCAGGAAUUUUAUGACAACGGAGACUACAAAGCUUGCGUCUCUGAUUUUCGUAAAGCUCUCCCAAAGUUCAGAAAUGACUGGCUCAAAAGCGAAAGAUUUAUUCAUUGUUGUAUCCUGGCAUGCUCUUGUUAUGAUAAACUAUCACAGCCCUUGAAAAUUAAAAGGGUGUAUGGAAUUUUAACAAGUAAGAAAUCAAAACUCACUCCCCAACUUAAUCGACUGUUCCUAUCAUAUGCUACUGGAUGUAUUAACUAUGGUCACAAAGCAGCCCUAGAAUGCUUCGAUAAUUCUCCAAAAGAGCUUAUUGAUUAUAAUUUAUGGCUCUCUUGGCUUUGCUUUUCCAGAGCACCUGCAAUUGUAGUCUGGAUGACUUUUACUCGUCUUUGCUCUGCCGGUCAUACCCCCGAUGUAGAAACAUAUGAACAUCUGUUUCAAUCUUUAUCCUCUCAAAAACACGAAUUUCUUUUUGAUAAAUCACACGACUUAUUUCAGAAAGAUAACUGUUGUUGGCGUCCGUCCACCUUUAGAAUUUUAGUAGAAUCGUUCGUUCGCCUAAAGCGCAUGUCCGAUGCUGAAAGCAUAAUUCACCGUUACAUUCAGCAGAAUCCCCAACAAGCCCCUAAUGAAGCGCUAUUCGUACCCCUUCUUCGGCAUUAUGCAGCUACUUUCGACCUUUCCAACAUGGAAAGGAUUCUCUCGUUAAUGAAGAACUGUAAUACCGAUAUGUCUACUAUGACUCUUAAUGUUUUCUUAUGUAUGGCGUUCCAAAGGCCAGAUCACAAAAACUAUUUUCAAUUUUGUUUUACUAAAAUUUCCCAGCUUCUCAAAAAAGAUGUUCAGCUUGAUUUCGAUUCAAUUCUGUUAAUAUCCCAGUUUAUGAAUCAGAUUCGCGUGCCUGAGAAUUUAAAGCCUUGGAUUGAUUCCCUCAUCUCUCGUUUUAGUUUACCCGAGCGCUGCUCCCUGCCAGUUCUUCGAAAAAUUCAAGAACAUGCUUUUUGUUAUCCGCUUUUGCAAUCCAAAUUACCCCUUGCUAUUGAAACUCUAAGGCUAACCGGAUUUGACUGGAAUGUAGCCACUUUGUACAUAGGUUGGUUAUUUUCCUGCAAGCGUGUAACUGAUGCGAUAAACUUCUUCUAUUCAGUUACGAUUGAAAUUGGAAACCGACCAUCUCCAGAAAUGUUCCAUACAUUCAUGUCAGGGUUAUUAGGUGCUGCUCCUUCCGAAAAGGUAUUGAAGACAGUACAUGAAAUUCAGUCAAAGUAUCCAUUGAUUUGUGAUUCUUCAAGCACAAAUCACAUCAUCCUAUUUCUGAAAUCUAUUUCAUUUAGUUCAACGCCUUCGACAGUAAAACGUUUGAUGCAAAUAUUCGAAGCUGAUGCAUCUGUUUCGUCAAGUUCCUUAAUGUUGGCUGUCGCCGAAUGGUUGUUUACUAGAGAUUUAUUUCAAAGCUCGCUUUUAUAUGCGACGAAGGUGAUUGAAAUGGGCACUUCCUAUAACUUCUUCCGCCCUCAAAUUCUAGUUUGCUGGUGUUACUAUCGACUAAGGGAUUUUCGAUCAUUAUCCCAGCAUGUUACGUAUCUGCUACAAACAGAUAAUGCUGCUUUGCUAAGAGCUCUGGCUACAAGUUUGAAGCGUAUAUCUCAAAAUGAAAGCAAUCUAAUUAACAAACAACUAUUAAUGAACUUGAAGUACAGGGUAUUACUUAGAGCUCAACCGUCUAGAGAUCACAGUCCCGCAGCCAGAAGAAAGGCACUUUAUAGAGGAAGGAAGUUAAAGAAGAUCCUGUUAUCGGCUUUGCAAAAUCAGGCUUCUCUCGGUAAUUUACUAAGUUAA